GCCACUCGGGAUGUACAGCUUUUUCCCACACAGUUUAUGGUGGAGAAAGACCCAAGAAUAUGUACAACUGGCUCAUACACCCCAAACCCCUCAAAUACUUCCUCCUUCCCAACCCAGAACUCCCCAAACUCCACUACAAAGAAGCAGUAGAGGCGCCCCAUUACCUCUUCCCACACGCCCUUCCACCACAUCUCCAGGAACCGGAGCAAGAACCUCCCCAAUACCAACCCGAUUACGAGCCCUAUGCUCAACUCCAUAGCCAUCAAGACAUGGGCCAGGACAUCCCCGAACAAAACCAAAACCCUCCACCACCCGACUUCUUUCAACAACUUUUGGAGGGUCAACAACAGUUGCUUACGGGGUACGUUCAAAUGAACGCAAACUACACGACUAUGGACAACCGGCUCAACCAAAUACAGGAGGAGCAAAGGGUCGGUUUUCACCGAUUGGAGGAGCUCAGGGAAGCCAAUAGACAUCGGUAUGAAGAAGACCAACGUAGGUUCUACGGACCUAUGUACUCUUACAUGGCACAACAGGGAUCUUUUCAUACCAUGGCAAACCCCCCUCCACCACCCUCAUGGUAUGACCCCACUCAUUGGGGUAACUUUGGAGGAUCUGGCUCCGAGGGUGGAGGGUACGACGGCGGAGAUGGCGGGGACACAUAUAUGGGAGAUGGUGGGCAGGGGAGCAUCUUCGGAGGGAGCUACUACAGCGGAGAAGACGGGCACUAGGGACAGUGCUUGAUUCAAGUGCGGGGGAGAGACUCAUGAUGGCACUCAUUGUAUCUCUUUGAAGAAUAAGAAGAUUCAGAAAACAAAGACAAAGAAGAAGAAAG